AUGCUCUUCCUCCCAUUCCUUCUAGACAUUGUUGGGUUCACCAAAAUUUCCUCCGAGCUGGAGCCAAGGAAGAUUGCGAAUAUGCUUGACAGGUUGUACACCAAGUUUGAUGGCUUGUCUCAAGAACAUGAUAUUUUCAAGGUUGAGACAAUUGGUGAUGCCUACAUGGCAGUCACGAAUCUCGUCAAGGAUCAACCCGGCGACCAUGCCUCUCGGAUUGCCAAUUUCGCGGUUGAUGCCAUUGAGGCAGCCAAUGAAACCCUCAUCAACGAGGAUGAUCCUUUCAUGGGUCAUGUCGACAUUCGCGUCGGUUUCCACACUGGCCCCGUCGUGGCGGAUGUGGUGGGAUCUAAGAAUCCUCGAUACUGCCUCUUUGGAGACACAGUGAACACUGCCAGUCGCAUGGAGAGCAACUCGAAGAAGAAUCGAAUUCAUUGUUCGCAAGCGGCUCUCGACCAGCUGCGCAUAGAGUCCUAUCCACUUCCCAUUGCUUCUCGGGGAUUCAUUAAUGUAAAGGGCAAGGGGAACAUGGCAACGUAUUGGGUGAAUGAAGCCGGGCUGCCCGCUGCGGCGAUACCAUUGUCAACAGUACCAGAGGACGACCUGACCGAAUCGGAGCGUUUCAUCUCGUCUUUGUCCAACCACAAUCAUCAUCUGGUACCACCAAUGCCACCAAGGCAGGUCAAACCGCAACGCAGAGCUUCCACCAGAUAA